AUGAAUAGUUUACCAGAGAAGGUCGAUGUCCACCAUCAUUUCAUACCGGAUUUCUAUGCCAGUGCGAUCGAGACUCAUGGCGAUCCAUCUGGCUCCCAUAUACCAGCUUGGAAGCCUGAGACGACGCAGGCUUUUAUGAAGAAUGGUUCAAUCAUAACGGCUAUCCUGUCCAUCACUGCCCCUGGUGCUUCAGUCCUUCAUGGCGAAGGUGGACGCCAGUUAGCGCGAAAAGCCAAUGAUUAUGCCGCAGCUUUGCGGGAUAAUAACCCUGGCCGCUAUGGCUUUUUUCGCUGCGCUCCCUACAUUGUUGGACGUGGAAGGCUGUCUUGA